AUGUCAAAGUGGGGCUGGGCAGCAGCGGUAGCCGCUGGAGCAGCAGUUGUAUUCGUUCUGCUGCCCGCAGCUCCUUGGAUUCUGCAAGAUGUGGAGGCAGAGGGGGACGAAGCGGCCCAAUCUGUUGUGGCUUCUGCUACUUGGCAACCCAACAAAGGCUUGACCAGAAGGAGGCGCUAUGCAAUCAACCCUCUAGGCUACAAAUGGGACCACGUGAAUCUGACCUACAAGAUUGUACAGUUCCCCAGCACCCUCAACAAGGUGGACACCGAGCGAGCCAUAGCGAGUGCCUUUCGCAUGUGGAGCGAUGUUUCUCCCCUCAGCUUCCGGCGCUUGGCCCCUACCCAGCUGGCAGACAUCACUAUAGGUUUCUACACGUUCAACCACACCGACUGCUGGUUCUCCCCGCUGCACCCUUGCUUUGAUGGGCUCAAUGGGGAGCUGGCCCAUGCCUUCCUCCCUCCCCGCGGCGAGAUCCACUUCGACAAUCAUGAAUUUUGGAUUCUAGGACGCUCCCGCUUCAGCUGGAAGCAAGGCGUCUGGCUGAAUGACCUGGUGCAAGUAGCAGCUCACGAGAUUGGCCAUGCCCUGGGGCUCUGGCACUCCCGGGACGCCCGCGCCCUCAUGCACCCCAACGCCACCUACAGUAGGACGUGGCGCAUUGGCCAGGAUGACGUCUGGGCCAUUCAGCGGCUGUACGGCUGUGUGGAUGAGAAGAGGCAGUGCCAGCUGUGGGCCAAAAAAGGCUUCUGCGCACACCGACGGCGAGCCUUCAUGAAGAAGCACUGCCCCAGGAUCUGUAAUGCCUGCUUUGAGCACCCUGCGGCCACCACUGCCUCCUCCCUGCCUGUUCGUCCAUCACACGUUCACACCAGAUACAUUUCCAAGGGCAAAGUCAUCACCUUCCGCUGUGGACUCAACUCUUCCAGGUUGCACUUGCAAGCCAGCUGGUAUAAAGAUGGAGAGCCUCUCUCUCACUCGCUGCCAGGCUUCGAAUUGCUGCCCAGCCAGGAUCUGCGAGUCGUCGCCACUGAGUUCAGCGAAGGGAGGUACGCCUGUUUGAUCCGCCACGGCAGCAGGACUCUCCGGGUUAAUUCCUGGCAGAUAAAGCUCAAGCCCAGAAGUCCUUUGCCUCCCAUGAUGGGCGCACAGGGGAGAGCAUGAACAGGAACAGCAUUGUGUGAGGUGUGUUUAUAGUCCUAGCUGGCUUGGCACUACCCACAUGGACCUGGCAUGGCAUCAGUCAGUCAGCCACUGCAGGCUCUGGUCUGGACUCACCUGCUCUGUUGCCAGAUAUCUUGAUUCGAGAAGUCCUGUGGGGAGUAACAUGUCCAGAUUUUGGUAAAGAACCUCGAUGAUGUGUUAUUUGUCUUCUGAACCCACUGGGUUUUCACCUAAUCACAUCCAGAGGCAAUAAGUUGAGUGUGUGUUGUCCCACUAAUUUGGGGACAGGGUUAGAGUCACCUCAAGAUUGUACCUGAGGCCUUCUGCAUGCAGAGCAGAUUCUCUGCUACUGAGUCUCACAACUCUUGCCACUUAAAAUACCUGUUGAAGCCAACAUUAUUCCAAGACCUGCAGCAGAAGUGGGGAACUUGUGGUCUGCCUGAUGUUGUUGGGCUCCAAUUCCCAUCAGCUUGCCUAAUGGUCAGGGAAGAUGGGAAUUGGGAGUCCAACAACAUAUGGAAGGCCACUUGUUCUCCAUGUGUGUGCUAUCCCCGAGAAAAA